AUGGGCGUCCACACCAGGUCCUCUGCUUCUAGCAGUCCUGUCAAGUUGGAGGUCCCAACGAAAGUCGCCUUACCGUAUGCCGAAGGAGAGCCAUACAGCACAUUCAUCCUUCCUUCGAAUACCUCUAGCGACGCUCGCUUUGUGUUGCUCCAACAUCCUCGAGAUGGCGCACGACGUCGCUUCUAUUUCUGUCCUUCGAAAGGUAUCUACGAGGUCACUAAGAUCAGCGCCAACAUGCACGAUCUAAGAAGCAUUUUGUUUACGCCAGACCGUGACGUGACCACUUUGCAGGCUGGGAAAGUUGAGGACGAGCUACAUGAGACAACAAUAAUCGAAAAGGAGGUCGCAUCGAGUGGCAUUGCUUCAACUGCAGAAAAUAGCCCGUGUCAAGGCUAUGUCAACAAGACUGCGGAAAUAUUCGUCGCGACUCCAUUCGACCCCGUUUUCAUCCUUCUCCCGCUUCUGGACCAAUCAGCGACAAGUUCAAGAAUACAACCUGGAGACGGACUUUUCCGCCCCUUUGACGAUAUCCUUGAUGAGCAUCAGGGAGACGACAGACACCUUCGUCAUGUUCUGAAUAACCCAACGUUUCGACCAACACUGCUGACAGCUAUGAGCCACGUCUGCGACACAGUCGACGCUGGAGACGAGCAUAUGUAUCGCCUGAGUAUGCUGAAACUGUACAAUUUUAUAUUCAGUAAGGCACGCAAAGCGGUUGAGAAUGGCUUGCCUGCCAGUAUGGAGGAGCGCUUUGUUACACGAAGUCUGGAAGUCCCCAUGUUGGGUGUUAAGCGAGUAGAAAGUGGAGUAUCAUGCUCCACCAAGGAAACCGAUGCCGCAGUGGAACGUCUCGUCCCGGACAUGAGUGAGUCGCAGUCGAGUAUUGCUUCGUUAAGCACGUCCGCUAGUAUCUCUGAAAUAUCAUCCAUAUCAUCUGCCACGAGUAUCGGAACAGUCGAUCAUGCUCCUUCGGAAGGUCUUCGCUAUUUGCAGAGACUACGAACGGCGAUGUCAUUCAUUACGACAUCUUACCUCAAUCCUAUAUUGAGCACAAAACUGGCAGAGAUGUCCCGUGACGGCAAAGCAUUGCCAGAUUUCGCUCCAUUGGACGAGCACCUACAACAUGUAGCAAAAUUGCGGGCAGAAGCACUUGCCACACGUUCUCUUUCUGACUUUAGUAAGAAGAGAAAUUUCGAUGAAGAUGGUGAAGCUGCCGAAGAAAGAGCGGACAAGAAACGCAAACAAGAGGAAGACGACAAGAAGAAGAAAAGUCAAGAGUCAAGAGGUGUAAGAGACCUUAAAAAGGUGAAUGUAUCUGGGAUGAAGAAGAUGAGUGACUUUUUUGCAAAGAAAGGGCCGACAGCAACAUCGAAAGCGUGA